UUCAUAUGUGAGCGGAUGAAUAUCUCUCUCCUCUUGGACUGUGGACUUUACAUCUCAAGAAUGCUGUUUUGGGGAAUUAUGUCUGGGGAAAAGCUGAAUCUGCUGUGGCUGAUGAUCGUCUGCUGUGCUUCAAGCCAGAUAAGCUGUUUGAAGAUAAUGCUCAUUGGUGAUAAUUUGUCAGAUGCCCAAUACCCAAAUAGAUCAACUUGCGCAGCUAUAAAGCUGACAUGUCCAUCCGCUUGUGAAACACUGAUAGGGGAUUUUUGCAUAAUGACCGUUCAACCGGAAACAACCUCCCUGGGAAAAUGCAAAACAGACUUUUUUAAAAUAACAAACUUGGGGAACUAUGAAAUCAGAAUGAAUGAGACGGUUGAAGACAUACAAAUGUGGUUUUUACCAAAGGAAUCUAAAUGUCUGCCAUCAGCGGUCCUGAAUAUAACAGAUCAUACUGUGACUUGUCAGAACAAAAGCCUCCUGCCAACCUGCGCACCGACAACCCAGACCACCACCUGCAAAUUAAACACAAGAAUAUGUUGUUCGGAAUUACGUUCUGUUAAUCCUGGAGAGAAAUGUAAAAAUGCAACAUAUGCCAAUGAUGCAUGCAGUGCACAAGAACGAAGCAAAUAUGUUCUGAAAUGGAACGGAACAGACUGGACGUGUGUCAAAUGCAGAAAUGAAGGUUCAACUACUGUCACACCAGAGUCACACACCACCACUAACAAUCCAGAUACCAGUGUCACACCAUCCACGACAACCAGUGUCCCACCAUCCACAACAACCAGUGUCCCACCAUCCAUUGCAACCAGUGUCACACCAUCCAUGACAACCAGUGUCCCACCAUCCACAACAACCAGUGUCCCACCAUCCAUUGCAACCAGUGUCCCACCAUCCAUUGCAACCAGUGUCCCACCAUCCACAACAACCAGUGUCCCACCAUCCAUUGCAACCAGUGUCACACCACCCAUGACAACUCAGAAUCAAUCUUCCACUCUUGCACCACACGAGAAUGUUUUGAAUAUAUCUUCAGAUAAUACAACAGACUGGAGUCAUCCUGAACCCUCAAAAGCAUCAGAGACUCUGGAGAGAAUGAACUCCUGGGUGAAGGAGAUGGAAAAAAACAAUAAAAGCAAUGCGGGGAUUGUGAUGGAGGAUGUUAUUGGUGUUCUCCAAAUACAAGCCAAGAACACAGAAAGCAAAGAUACUAAAAUAUGCUACUCUUCAAAACAGAACAUGAUCAACGUUCUUGAGAAUAAGCAGCCGACAGGCUUUCCCUGGUAUGUAAAUGUUCCCAGCGAGGCCUUUGAUAAAUCACGUCUUGAAAACAAUGGAAGUGCAUAUGUUGGAAUUUUAAGGUUCAGAAAUAUGGGGAAUAAGAAUGAAACUGUUUUGAACAAUGAGGUUUAUGGAAUAACGAUGGGCGCCAAUAUCUCCAACCUUACCAACAAAAUAGAAAUGUUCAUUAAUCGGGAAAAUCUGGUCGGUAAUGCAUCAUGCAGUUCUUGGGAUGGCAAAGGAAAUCUUACAUGGACGACGUCCGGCUGUGAGACAGUAAAAAUCGACAAUAACACCAUAAAGUGCUCGUGUUCACAUCUGACGUUCUUUGCAGUGCUGAUGUCUCUUCCAGGUGAAAAUCAAAACAGCACAGCACAGUCUGUGGAAGCAUUGAGCUUCAUCACUUCUAUCGGCUGUGGCAUCUCCAUGUUUUUUCUGUCCGUCGCUCUGUUCAUGCAUUUCCUAUUACGGAAAGCCAAAUCAAAUCAGGCCACGAAGAUCUUGAUGAACAUGUUUGUGGCUUUGUUUCUCCUGAAUCUAUCCUUUUUGUCAAACGAGAGCGUGGCCAACACAGAAGACAAGGCUGCGUGCGUCUUCAUAGCGCUGCUCAUGCAUUACUCAAUGCUGGCUACAUUCACCUGGUUCUUCAUUCAAGCUCUUCAUAUGUACUUAUGGCUCAUCAGACAGAACAUCACCAUCAAAAACUACAUGAGGAAGAUCACCGUGUUCGGCUGGAUGUUUUCAGCUCCUAUUGUCAUAGCUGUUGUUUCAUCGGGAGGAUAUAAAACAUUUAUCAUAACAACAACGUCUGGAAAAAACACAAAAAUGUGCUGGAUUACAGAUCCGUUAAUUCACUACAUAGUGAACAUUGGCUACUACGCUUUAGUCUUCAUCUUCACGACAGGAAUCUUCAUCAUGAUCGUCACUAAGAUUGUCCAAGCCCGACACCUAAAAGCGGCUGACGGCAAGAGAAAGACGUUCAGAAAGCAGCUGAUGAUGGUGUUGAGUUUGUUCCUGCUCUUCGGCCUGACGUGGGCUGUGGCGUUCUUCAGUUAUGGACCGAUGCUCAUCCCCUCACUUUACAUCUUCACCGUGUUGAACUCGUUUCAGGGGUUUUUCCUCUUCCUGUAUUACUACCACAUUCACAACGAUGUCGCAGGAAAUUUCUCUGAUGAUCCAGAAAGCUCCAGCUCCAGCUCCACCACAACCAUCGUUCAAUAAUGGAGUGGAAAAUGCAUCGUCUUUCUCCUUUUUGCACUUUCUCUCGUUUACUCCCCUUUUUUAAAACUGGAAUUUAACGUAAUACAACCUGAAUCAACAUAAGGAAAAUAUUGACGUGCACAGAUUCUGCUGCACCAUGAACAGCGAUAAACCAGACAACUAAAUCGAAAUAGAUCUAAAUUAAUUCACAUUCUCGAAUCUCGAAUGUAAAAAAUGGAAUCGUCGAUGCUGCCACGCCCCCAUGUUACGUCCGUUCGGCUUGCCAGCGGAAAAAACGCGCGUGUUCAAGUUUUUGGGAUUUCCAGUGAGUUUUGUUAACAAUGUUCGCUCAGUUUGCAGACAUCCCAAGUCUCGCGGAAGUUCCGGGUUUGAUAGCGUUAUUAAAAUUAGUUAAAACCUCGCGGAAGAGCGAGCAAGAGCGAGCGUGCAUGCCGAGACAGAAAAAACUGUGCUCCAAACGGCAUUGCGCGCAUGGCAGAGAGGGAGAGAGCGAGAGACCUUGCAUUUGUGCCUCAUGAAGCGCAUGUAAGACAGAGAGCAUCCUGAUUGGCCGGCUGAUAAAAAAACGAGAAUCAAAUCGAACCGUGACCUUAGAAUCGAAAAUGUAAUCGAAUCGAGGAUUUGGAGAAUCGUGACACCCCUACAGACAACCAAAAAAUUUAACUCCAAACUCUGAGAUUCCCCAUCCCGAUUCACUCUCCAGCCCAGGUCCAACAUAAUCCACAUCACCUAGACCGCCAUUGCGCACAGAGGUAGGGAACAUUGAAAAUAAACUUUCCAGACUUGAUCCCAAGAUUGCACUUAGGAACUGCGUCACUGUCAGCCAAGAACAGAUAGACACUCUCACCAAAGUAAAUCGUUUUUUAAGCACUCUGU